GGAGGCGCAGCUGAACGUCAUCAUAAGUUGCUGUCUGAGGGUGACAGGAGGCGGCCAUACUGGCUGUCAGUCAGUCGAUAACGAUGUUGCGUUCCGGACUAAGCGGACUCGGUGUUACUCGGCUUCUCUCUUGUGGGUCGGAACCGAACUCCGUUACACUCACAGCGGCACUUGGUCUGGUUCAGCGAACAGAAACCGCUCAGGGAGCUGCCACUGCGCAGUACCGCCAUACGGACACCAGGUGGCGCUGGGAAACAGCGGGUCGCUUCUACAGAACUACGGGACAUUCCCUGCAGUACCGCCAUACGGACACCAGGUGGCGCUGGGAAACAGCGAGUCGUAUCUUAAAUAAUACAGGCCAUUCCCUGCAGUACCGGGAAGAGCCCAGCGGGAGGCGCCAGAAUGACAGUGGGAAGAAAUCAAGCGACAGAAGCGGCGUGCAAGCGCUAACAGCGGCCCUCCUGGCCUAUUGCUACAGCCGGGGCAACAAGUCCAAGGGGGAGGAGCUUCUCGUGGCUGCACGGGAUGGCAUUGCCCCAGAGGUGGAGAGGCUGCUGGCAGAGAAGGUGGAUCCCAAUUCCCGGCACCGACUGGGCUGGACCCCCCUAAUGGUGGCAGCAAUGGGCCGGAACCAGAGUAUCGUGAAAUCCCUACUUCGGGCCGGUGCUGAUCCGAACCUCGGGGAUGAGUUCUGUAAUGUUCAUGAGACGUCCAAGGAGAAGGGGCUGCAUUCAUUGGAAGUGCUGGUUACCCGCGAGGAUGAAUUCAGUGACCGGCUGAACAACAGGGCCAGUUUCCGGGGCUGCACCGCGCUCCAUUACGCCGUGUUGGCCGAUGACUACGGGACGGUCCGGGAGCUCCUGGAGGGGGGAGCUAACCCCCAGCAGAAGAAUGACAUGGGACAUACCCCCAUAGACUACGCCCGCGAGGGGGAACUGAAGCAGCUGCUGAGAGGCUGGGAGAGUCGGUUCCAAGAGGAGCAGAGGAAACGGGACAUGGAGGAGAGGAGGAGGUUCCCCCUGGAGCGGCGCCUGAAGGAGCACAUUGUGGGCCAGGAAAGCGCCAUCGCUACGGUAGCAGCAGCCAUCCGCAGGAAGGAGAACGGCUGGUACGAUGAAGAGCACCCCCUCGUCUUCCUCUUCCUCGGAUCCUCUGGGAUAGGUAAAACAGAACUGGCCAAGCAGACGGCGCGGUACAUGCACAAGGAUAUCAAAAAGGGAUUUAUCCGCCUGGAUAUGUCGGAGUUUCAGGAAAAGCAUGAGGUAGCCAAGUUCAUCGGCUCCCCGCCAGGGUACGUGGGGCAUGAAGAGGGGGGGCAGCUGACCAAGAAGCUGAAGCAGUGCCCCGACGCUGUGGUUCUGUUCGACGAGGUGGACAAAGCCCAUCCGGACGUACUGACCAUCAUGCUGCAGCUCUUCGAUGAGGGCCGACUGACCGACGGCAAGGGGAAGACGAUAGAAUGCAAGGACGCCAUCUUUAUCAUGACGUGCAACGCCGGCAGCGACGAGAUAGCGCAGUAUGGCCUGCAGCUCCGACAGGAGGCCCACGAGAUCAACAAGAAGAGGCUGGCACAGAACUUGGAUGACAUACAGACGAGUGAGAAGAUCACGAUUUCCAAGCAAUUCAAAGAAAAUGUCAUCCGACCCAUAUUAAAGGCUCACUUCCGGAGGGACGAGUUCCUGGGCCGGAUCAAUGAAAUCGUCUACUUCCUCCCCUUCUGCCGCUCCGAACUCUCCCAGCUGGUCCGGAAAGAGCUCAACUCCUGGGCCAAAAAGGCCAAACAGAGACACAGUAUCACCCUCAUGUGGGACCCGGAAGUGAUAGAUGUCCUGGCCGACGGGUACAACGUCCACUACGGGGCCCGCUCCAUCAAGCACGAGGUAGAGCGGCGGGUAGUGAACCAACUGGCGGCUGCCUAUGAGCAGGACCUGCUGCCCCGCGGCUGCACCCUACGGAUCACGGUGGAGGAUUCGGAUCGGCGCCUGAUGAAGGAAGGGAAGGGGGAAGAGGGGAAAGGGGCUCGGCUGCGGCUGGAAUUGGUGGAACAGGGGAGCGAGGGCCGGAAGCUGGACAUCCGGGAGCCCCUCACCCCAGAAGACAUGUCCUUCUCCUUCUGAGCCCUGGGGGGACAGUGACUGUGUAAGUGCCCCUGCCCAACACACUGGGGCAAGGGCAGAAACCAACAUUGGUGCCCAGAGAUCUUCCCAAUUAGGGUUAUAUCCCAGCAGAACCAACCAGCAAUGUGCCGGCCCAUUGUUCUGCCCUACUGGUCCUACUGGGCCAAUAUAAAGGUACCGAGGGCUGCAAGAUCUCAUUGGUCCGAUCAUUAUUUACAGCCCGGGGCCUCUGCUUCCCCCUGCUGAGCGUCUGUGCAAUUACACAGGGUCUGCCCCCAUCAGAGGCUGAAGGGCAGGGAACAGAGCAUUCUGGGAAAUUGUAAGGCAAUUCUCUGCCCUUGCUUUGUAUUUCCUGCCAGCGACUUCCUGUUCUACUGGGGCAUUAGUGGGGGCAUUUGUGCCACCCCGGCCUUAUAGGAACAUCUUACACUGCUGCUUGUUGCAGGGGAGUUGUAGUUGCACUAGAGCGGUGCUGAUAGUAUUUAUGGCACAAAUAAUAAACGUAUAUCUGUA